ACUGCAAGACACUCAGGCAGUUGUCAAAAUCAGCUGUUGGAGUAUUUGCGAUUUCAUUCACAAUUUCAUUGUUUUGUCUGUAACUUUAUCCAUAAAUACUGUUAUUUCGUAUUUUCAAACAGUUCGUUUUGAUAAGUUAUCAUUUGAUCUAUCAUGCUUUAUUAAUUGUUAUUUAUACCUACUUUACUAUCAAAUAUAACCUCAAAAGUGCACUGAACAAAAAAGUUAAAUAUGUCUGAAGAAAGUAAUAAAUCUACAACUACUCCUCAAGAAAGUAGCAGCGGGACUAACAAAAAUAAACAAGAGAACCCUCCGGGUAAAAAGGAAGAAGCUUGGGGGUACGAUUUGUACCCUGAGAGACGAGGUACAUUUUCCCCCAAACUUGGUAACAUUCUAAUUGGAAAAGAGGGAAAGGAGAACAUUGAUAAAUUAAAGUGCGAACAAAAUGUUUACGACUGCGUCAAGACUAGUGCAAUUGUGAAGGUUAUGAUGGCUGCUUUGAAAAGCUCUGGAUGUCCAAUUGAUAUUCGAAGACACAUUUCCUGUGAGGUGUGUGACUACUCUGUCAGUGGUGGUUACGAUCCUGAAUUAAAUCAGAUUGUAGUAUGUCAAAACGUUUCAACGAGGCAAGGCAUGGUCCAAGGUGUAUUAGCUCAUGAGAUGAUCCACAUGUUUGAUUACUGCCGCAACCAUCUGGACUUUAAAAAUAUGGAGCAUUUAGCAUGCACGGAAAUCCGUGCUGCGAACCUAACUCACUGCUCAUUUACCAGUGCUUGGUCGCAAGGUGACGCAUCAUGGACGAAAAUCAAGGAAGCUCAUCAGGAUUGUGUGAAAACCAAAGCAUUAUACUCCGUAAUGGCGGUUCGACAAAUAAGCAAGUUGGAAGCUAUUGAUGUUAUAGAGAAAGUGUUCCCAAAGUGUUACGCUGAUCUUGAGCCAAUUGGUAGGCGAAUCAGGAGAAACUCUGAGGAUAUGACCAGAGCAUUUAGAGAAGCUGCUUACUAUGGCUAUGAAUAGUCACUUUAUUGUGAAAUUAUUAUAGGACUUGUUAGUGUAGAUGUAAAUAUCAGUUGUUAAAUAAUACACAUAUGAAGUGAUUUAAAAUAA